AUGGCUAAUGAGGAAGCAUUUGCUUCGGGAAGCUCUUCUGCCCCACCACCUCCAGAGCACGAUGUUGCAUCUGUUAAACUAGCCAAGUUACUAGCUUUUCAAGAUUCCAUUUCUCAAUCCAAAGGAAAAGGAAUAUGUAUUGGCUCCAGGCAAGGAGGUGAUGAAGACUCCCAUCAAACCAUCUCUGAGCUUAAACAAGAGAUUAUGUUUUUGAAGCAGGAGUCCAUUGAGAAGGACUUACUGAUUGGUAGUCUGGAUGUGAGAGUUUCUAACUGUCACACCCCCAAACCAAGGAUGGCGGAAACGUCCGGGGGUGGAGGACUUCAUGUAUAG